AUGAAUUUUCAAAAGCAACCAUUUGACUUCCAACAAUUUCAACAAAAUAACUUGUUUAAAAAGCUGUAAUAGCUAAACAAUGGCGAUAGAGACCAAUCCCCCCUUAUUUAUUAAUCAGAUUCAAGUCACUCAUCAAGAUCUUCAGCUUUAACAUUAGAAAAUGUCUCAUAACAAUCGCGGGAAGAAAUUUCAAAUUUGAAAAGACUUUAAUCAAUCAACCAUAGCUAAGUCAACAAUUUCUCAAGUAACUAAGUACUUAGCUCAAGACCCCGUCUGCUAAAAAGAUUAGGCAAUGGCAGUCAUGUGUCCAAGCAGCAGAAUUGCAAUCCUUUUCAGCUGAAAUAGGGAAUGCAAGCUAGAAUUUCAGUACCUGAUGAGGCUAACCAGAAUUUCAGCAGUUGCGGUUCAAGUAACUAUCACAUGAAUGAAUGCUACUAAAUUCAAUACAAAGGUAGCAGUAGUAACUCAAAUACAGAUUGCUUUUAACAAAUGAAUAGAAACUUCUCAAGCGCCACAACUACAAUCACAGCAUAAUCAGUGGGAACAGCAGAUGAUCAAUUUGAAUGCGUGUUUUCUGUAAACAACAGUCCUUAAUAAUGUCAGAUGUCCAAGAAAAUCAAUAAAAGGCUCUUUGAAGAUAAAGAAAACAUUCCACCACUUUAUUAAACUAACUCUCUCCCAAAAGUUCACAUCUAUAUUGAUCAGGAUUAAGAAUCAUGCAAUAUGUAGAUGAAUUCAUAGAAGGAAGACUAGGAGAUGGACGAGGAGGAGGACAUCGAUGAUGAGGAUUUCUAGGAAUUUGAAUAUAAUGAGAGAAGACCUCUCGAUUAGCUGCUUCACUAGAUAGGGAAAAAUGAAUUCAAGUACGAUCCAGAAAACGGAGGAGGUCGACGCAGAAGAAUCAAGAAAAUCUCUAGAAUAGAUAUGAUUCAAAUGCAAGAGAAGCAUGAGAGGAAACAGUCCAUUCAGCGUCCAAAAAUCCAGAAAUAAAAAAAAACUAAGGACGAGUAACCGAUAAUAUUAUAAGCGAGUCACAGACCUCUAGGGAUAUCAGAGAAUCUAUACUCUAUUGACUCUGAUGCCAGAAUUCUUCCAACCUUAGACGAUUGCAGAAAUCCUGAACUUAACUCUAUUGACCCAAACGCACUUGGAAAUCUUUUCUAUCUUUGUAAUGACUCCAGGCCUAUCAACAAACUCAUCAUUGACUGUAGAUUCGAUUAUGAGUUCGCUGGUGGACAUAUCCUAGGAGCCAUUAAUAUCAAUACCCCCGAGUAGAUGGAAGAAUUUUUCUUUUAAAACAAAGCAAAUAUUGAAAAUUUAAUGAACUCAUAGACAGUGAUAAUAUUUCACUGUGAGUUCAGCUAGCACAGAGGACCCAAGAUGUACAGGGCUCUCCGUGAGAUUGAUAGAAGACUACACAUUGACUUCUAUCCUCAACUGUUUUACAACGAGAUUUAUUUAUUAGAAGGAGGCUUCAAAGACUUUUAUAGUAAAUACCCUCAGCUAUGCGAAGGUACUUAUGUGCCAAUGGCUGAUAAAAAUCAUAAAAAAGAUUGCAAGGAGCAAUUCAGUAAAUGCAAAAAAGUAUAUAAGCAAUACUCGACAAGAGAGGUUUCAGAUAGACUGAACACAAUAUCUUGA